GAAGGGCGUCUAUUAUUACCUGCCGGUAAAUCAGAAUUCAAUUUCAACUUUACGUUGCCUACAGAAAGUAAAUUGCCAUCGACAUUUGAAAGUAGAUCUUCAGAGGGUUAUAUUCGAUAUUCAAUAGCCGCAGUAUUGAUGAGACCAUGGGAUACUGACUAUAUCUCGAAAAGAGCUUUCACAGUCUUGGAAGAAAUUGAUGUCAAUCAGCCAGCAUUAAAAGUGCAACCACCAAUACUAGAAGGCGAAACAUCUGUUUGCUGCCAUUGCUGGACUCGUCGAUCCCUUAAUCUAGCAAUGACAAUCGAUCGUAGUGGUUAUUGCCCUGGUGAAGCUAUUGUAUUAAAUGUAAGGUGUAAAAAUACUUCAAAUCGAAUAUUAAAUGGCUUGCAAGUAAAAUUAUGUAGACGAACACAGUAUUAUGCUAAAGAUCAUGAUCAAAUUACUUAUAAAAGCUACUAUAGGCUUACCUCAGAUAAACAAAUUAACGUAGGUGAGACUUUUAUUUGGUCAAAUCAAUUAAUCAGGAUUCCAUGUAUAUCACCAAGUAUCAACUCUGCAAAACUGAUCAAAGUGAACUACGAACUUCGGGUU